GAGUUGGUGGUUUCGUGUAAACCGACAGGACACGUGUUUGGCAACAACGGAGAAAUUAAAGAAAAAAAAUUGUUAAAAAAAUUUGACGGCAAAGUGCGGUAAAGUGUGUUAACAUUAUAAUAACACCGUUUUGGCCGACGUUCAAAAACCGGUGCGGAAGCCGAUGUUCAUAUGAUGACGUGAUGGCGACCGACACCAUGGUGGCUUAGGAAGUACCGGACUUGCCGGCAGUUAUGGACGGGCUGAACUUCACCGAAGCGUCUUCGGCAUGGAACAUUACAGCGCAGACAACGGACGAUCAGUGUCGAGCAACCGAGACGGGCCCGCUGGGUUCUACGGUGUUCAGGACCAUCGUUUACCUAAUGUACUCGGUGGUGUUCGUCGUGGCGCUAGCCGGCAACGGACUGGUAUGCUACGUGGUCAUGUUCUCGUCACAAAUGCAUUCGGUUACCAAUUUGUUCAUCAUGAACAUGGCGGUCGGUGACCUGCUGAUGACGCUGUUUUGCGUACCGUUUUCGUUUGUCGCCACGCUCAUGCUACAGUACUGGCCGUUCGGCAACGACAUGUGCCACACAGUCAGCUUUGCUCAAGCCGUGGCGGUUCUGGUCAGUGCUUACACGUUGGUAGCAAUAAGCGUGGACCGGUACAUAGCAAUCAUGUGGCCGCUGAAGCCACGUGCCAGUAGACACCACGCCAAGUUCAUCAUAACUUUAGUGUGGACGAUAGCAGUGAUAACUGCUUUGCCUAUUUUGUUCGUCACCACGUUAGAACAACCAUCCGAAUGGCAUCAGGAAUGUGGCGUGUACAUAUGCAAUGAAAUGUGGACGAACCAGAACUUUAAACAUUUUUACAAUUUGGCACUUAUGGUGCUCCAAUAUUGUAUACCGUUCGCGGUGCUACUGUUCACGUACAUCAGCAUCGGGGUGGUCGUAUGGGGCAAAAGAACACCAGGCGAAGCGCAAAACUCCAGAGACGCCAGAAUGGCCAAGUCCAAAAGAAAGAUGAUCAAAAUGAUGGUAACCGUAGUUUUAGCGUUUACGUUUUGCUGGCUACCUUACAAUAUUUUAAUGAUACUGUGGGAUCACGAGCCGUCGUUGAGCACCUGGAGCAAUCUGCCGUACGUGUGGUUCUCGUUCCACUGGUUGGCCAUGUCGCACACGUGCUACAACCCGCUGAUUUACUGCUGGAUGAACAUGCGGUACCGGACGGGGUUCGCGGCCGUGCUGCGCAACGUUCCCGGGUGCGGCAACUGCCUGGACGGGUACCUGAGCGCUCAACAGCAACAGUUCCACUACAGCCAACAUGACGCCAGCCAGAUGGAAGGUCUCCACCGGAUCAACACGUCGUCGUCGUUCGUGUCGGUCAGGCGGCUCAAGUCAUUCAACGGUCGACCAUGCAGCAGGCACUAUCGCGCCAACUGGCUCGAGGACAACCUCUAGGCGAAUGCGUCAACCCUACUGCACAAUGGGGCAAAAACCUCAUUGAAAGUGGCCAAAAGUAUAAUUUUUCAAAAUAUCUUAAUGACCGUAAUUUCGAAUUUCCCUUAUACUGGUAACACCGUCGUCCGACCACAAGUUUCGAACCCCCGCAAAUCAUUUUUAGUUCUAAAAGUUAAUAAAAUUCCAAUUAAAUUUUAAAAGUUGACAAACCUCUAGGUAUUACUAAAAAGCUAAAUAUUAAUUAAUUGUAUAAUAUUGUAAAAUAACAUGGGCAAAUAUGUAUUUAACUAGAAAAACUACAAAAUUGCAAUUAUUUUAAAAGACAAUGCAUGUCUUAUCCUUAAUAAAUCACCCUGUAUUUUAGUUAAGCCUAAGCCGGAGCAUUUAUUUAAAAACAAUUGAAAUAAUUGAAAUUUUGUAGUUUUCUUUUAUUGACACAUUUUUCAACCCUUCUAAUUUUGUUAACGUAUUUAUUUUUAUGAAUGUGUUGAAACUUUCGCGGAUUGAAAUAUCACAUGAAUGUGGAUAUAUCCGCGUCAAUGGUUGUUAACCGACAGUAUAGUCACGCCAGCGGAACAGUCGUGACAUUACCCUGAAGAUGGACUCUGCAAAGAGUCAGAAACGUCGGGUAACAACCAUUGACGUGGAUAUAUCCGAAAAUCAUUUAUGUGGUAUUUAUUUUUUUAACAGUACUGUUCUCUAGAUAAAGGAGGCAACCAAAAAUUAUAUUUUUUUUAACAAAUUCUCACAAUAAAUUAUAUGAUUAAAAAAAUGUUGAGCGAUUAUACAUUUGACCACUUUUAAUAUGGGUUCUGUUCACUAUUUAACAUCCCCACUAGGGGCUACGUACGAUUGUUGAAAAAAACUUUUGUAAAAAACAACAACAAAGCAUCUGGUGGAUGUAAUAUGAUUAUUAUUGUUUAACGCAAAUAUUAAUAUCGUAUAACAUAAAAUGAUAAGGCAUCUUGUACAGAUGUCUUAAGUAUGUUUUUGAAUAUUUGUAAACUGCCUUAUAUGUUGUUACACGUGUUAUUAAUUUAACCAAUGUAUUCUAUGGCCUCUGAUUUGGAAACUACAUAUAAAUUUCUGGCUUCCAAAAUAGUUGUACAUAAUUUGUAAGAAACUGUUACAGUCUAUUAAAAUAUGUGUAGCUCGACGUUUGUCAUAAAAGUAUAUUAUUAUAAGUCGUAUUAGGCAAAACAAAUAACCCACGAAAAAUGUUUACAAUUACUGGAAAAUGCUUUUUAAUGUGAUAUUAUCCGUUUUUUAAAUACAUUUGUAUUUAAUUAACGAACAUUUCUAUUGAUUCAAUUCUAUCAACAUACAAAUUAUAAUACCAUACAUAUAUAUAUAUAUAUAUAUAUAUAUAUUCCUUGUCCACAGAUACAUUAGCAUAAUCAACAACAGCUAUACGUGCAUAGAAUUUUAUAAAUUUAAAAUUAUAGAUAAAUGCUUGUAUACACUUUAUUCGUGGGUAUUUGUUAUUGCCCAACACUGUUCAUGACACCUGUGCACUAUGCGAACGAAAUGUACAUAUUUAUGUGGGUCGUACGGCGUAACAGU